AUGACCGCUUCUCAAUUUACGGUCAUAAUUGUGGGAGGGGGGAUUGCCGGUCUCACUCUAGCUCAUUGCCUCCGACGAGUGAAUAUCAACCACAUCGUACUCGAGAAACGCAGCAACAUAUGCCCGCAGGAGGGUGCAUCAAUCGGGAUACUUCCCAACGGGAGUAGAAUAUUAAGUCAACUGUCCCUAUUCGAACAUAUUGAGCCCCUUAUCGAACCCCUCUAUCGAGCACACAUCACCUUUCCAGAUGGAUUCUCGUUCUCAAGUACAUUUCCGAAGUUUCUCCAUGACCAAUUCGGUUACCCCCUUGCGUUCUUCGACCGCCAAAAGCUUCUCGAAAUCAUGCACACUCAAUACCCGGAUCAAUCAAAGAUCCUCACAAACCAACGAGUUGCCGCAAUUCGUCCAGUAGGAAGCCGCGUCAACGUGAUAACCGAAACCGGUGUGACGUAUACGGGUGACUUAGUGGUAGGCGCCGAUGGCGUCCAUAGCAAGGUGCGCUCAGAGAUGUGGAGGAUAGCAGAUACGGUCCGGCCUGGGUUAGUUACCGAGCGUGAGAAGAGUAGUAUGACAACCGAAUACUGCUGUAUAUUUGGCAUAUCAUCCUGCGUACCAGGACUGGAAGUGGCAGAUCAAGUCAAUGCGUUUCAUGACAACCUCACCUUUAUUAUCCUCGUUGGGAAGAAUAAGCGUGCUUUUUGGUUCGUCUUGAAAAAGAUGGAUCAAAGAUACACUUAUCCCGACAACCCCCGCUUCAGUGCGGAGUACACGGCGCAAACCUGUGAGAAACUGGCUCAUCUCCACCUGACGAAAGAUCUUACCUUCCGUCAGGUAUGGGACACCCGAGUGCUUGCUGCUAUGACGCCGUUAGAGGAAAACAUCUUCCAGACCUGGUACCUUAACCGCAUUGUUUGUAUUGGCGAUAGUGUUCAUAAGAUGACACCCAACAUUGGACAAGGAGCCAAUAUGGCAAUGGAAGAUACAGUAGUCCUGGCAAAUUGUCUGCACGCAGCUCUACUCCGGACAAGACGACAGAGACUCUCGGAUACGGAAGUGCAGGUACUCCUUCAGGAGUUCUAUUCCAAACGCUAUAGCCGUGCUAAGAGCAUCUAUACCGCUUCACGAUAUAUGACUCGUUUCCAAGCACGAGAUGGGUGUCUGAAUAGGGUGCUUGGGCGAUAUAUCGUUCCUCUUCUGGCGGAUGUUCCGGCACGCGUAGGAACCACGACUAUUCGGGGUAGUCCCGCAAUCAAUUUUCUACCGUUGCCAGAAAGGGACGGGCCUGGAUGGAAGAUGAACAAGACUAGUGUAGGGUAUCAUCAUGCCAUGUUGUUCACACUUUUGCUGGCGGUUGCUAUUUACUGGUACCGGGGUGUAUGA